AUUUACAAAUAAAGAGAACAGACAAACCUGUAAAGCCUAGAUAAAGAAAACACAAUGUAAAUAGAGAAUUUCUACAGGUAGCACUAGAUUGUAUAUAAGGAGUUUUAACUUCUGUAUUAUUGGGUUCUAUCCUUUCUGCCAUUCUUUUCUGUUGCAGUUCUUAACAUGGAAGAAUACAACUCUCCCACAACUAAAAUUCUGUUCCAAAGCGAUAAGAGAUAUCAUGUGUUUCUGAGUUUCAGGGGAGAAGAUGUGAGAAAAACUCUGGUUGAUCAUCUGUAUGAAGCUCUCUCCACAGCAGGACUGAAUGUCUUCUUAGACAGUGAGAAGUUGGAGAAGGGGGAAAUUAUUGGGUUGGGCUUAGAAGCAGCAAUCAAGAGCAGUGCCAUAAGAAUUCCUAUAUUUUCUAAAGGCUAUGCAGAUUCAGCAUGGUGUCUCAAAGAGGCUGCAGUCAUGGUGAACAGCCCGGGAUUGAUCAUUCCUCUGUUUUAUGAUGUGGAACCAACUCAUGUAAGAUAUCCUGAAAAUGAUAACAGUCCGUAUAAGAUGUCAUUUUUGAAAUAUUAUGGUCUUUCAGAUCGAUACCCACGAGAAGAGAUUGAUGGGUGGAAGCAUGCCCUUCAACAGAUAUGUUCUUGCUCAGGCUGGUCCAUGAAUAUAACUGAUGGAUUUGAAGCUCGGCUAUUAAAAAGAGUGGUGAAUGACGUGAUUAAAACAUUCGACAGAGUACCGUUAGAAGUUGCCAAGCACCCUGUGGGACUGGAAAGCGUGACCGAGGAUAUAAUUCAGAAAUUGAAUCUCAAUUCUGUGGAAGGUGUGGUUAAAGUUGGAAUAUGGGGUAUAGGUGGUAUCGGAAAGACCACAGUUGCGAAGGCCGUGUACAAUAUAGGUUAUGGUGGUUUUAAUGCUGCUUCCUUUCUAUUUAAUGUCCGUGCCACUGCUGCAGAUGGCUCAGGCCUUACAAAAUUGCAGCGAAAAAUUCUUAAAGAUGUAACCAAAUAUGGCGAAGAAGUGGAUAGUGUUGAUGAAGGCAAAGCUUUAUUGAGAGAUCGUUUGGGAGGAAAACGCCUGCUUCUCAUUCUGGAUGAUGUGGAUGAUGUCGUGCAAUUGAAUGCUUUGGCUGGGGAUUGGCUGGCCCCUGGUAGCAGGGUUAUUAUUACUUCCAGAGACAAACACAUUCUUAAUGUUGCUCGGGUUUCAUCUGAAUGCAUCCACGAGAUGGGCGGAUUGGAGAUAAAUGAAGGUCUCCAGUUAUUUAGUUGGCACACGUUUUUGAGAGCAUCUCCAAGUCCAGGUUACGAAGAUCUGUCCAAAAGAAUAGUGGAAGCUUGUAAGGGGCAUCCUCUUUCACUGGAAGUGAUUGGAUCCUUCUUGUAUGAUAAGCAAAAUGACACAGGUUGCUGGACAGAAGCUCUUCACAACAUUACUCUCAACCCAGACAUUCACAAGACGCUCUACAUUAGUUAUAGUGAUCUUAGUGACGAAGAAAAAGAAAUAUUUCUUGACAUUGCUUGCUUCUUCAUUAGAGAAGACAAAACAUGCCCCAUGGUUUUCUGGAAAUCUCAGUACAAGAUGGUAGACACAGCUAUAUCUAAUCUUUUGAUGAAGUUACUGAUAAAGAUUGAUGAUAAAGGUAUAUUUGAUAUGCACGACCAUUUGCGAGAUAUGGGGAGAACCAUUGCUGAAAAAGAAAAAGAGGGUACACGUCUAUGGGAGGCUGCCCAUUUAAGCAGCAUAUCCAACAACAUCAAUUUCUCUCGCCUUCGACUCAAUGGAGAUAAUUCACAAAGGCUUGAAAUGUUGUACAAACCUGGUCUUCGCUAUCUUCACUUACAGAAGCUGCAUAUUGAAAACACAAUAGAAGAUAUGAUAGGCAUGCUUCCGCCAGGUUUGAUAUGGUUAAGAUUGGAAAACUGUUUCUUUGCAACUGGGAUGAAGAAAACAAAAAAGAAGCCACAUGGUGCCAGAUUUGUUGGUAGCAUUUGGCAAUUAAAGAUUAUGCUACUAGAUUAUAAUUGUUGCUUUGAUGGCCUUUCUACCUUCUCUCUACUCGGUAACCUAUCACAGCUGCAGCACUUGGACUUAUCUGGUUGUCACAUGUUAAAUAAUCUCCCUGAUACCAUUGGCGACCUGUCACAGGUGGAGCACAUGGACUUAUCUGUCUGUAAAAAGUUAAAUAAGCUCCCUGAUACUAUUGGCAGCCUGUCACAGCUGCAGCAUUUGAACUUGUCUGAUUGUCAAAAGUUAAAUAACCUCCCCAAUACCAUUGGCAAUCUGUCACAGCUACGCUUCUUGAACUUGAAUUUCUGUUACAGUUUAAAUAACCUGCCUCCUACAAUUGGUUACCUGUCACAGCUACAACAUUUGGGCUUGAGAAAGUGUGAAAGCUUAAAUAAUCUCCCUGAUACUAUUGGCAACCUGUCACAGCUGAAGUAUUUGGAUAUGGGAGGAUGUUCAAACUUAAAUAAUCUACCAGACAGCAUUGGCAACCUGUCACGGCUGCAGCAUUUGGAUUUGUCUGGUUGUCGAAAGUUAAAUUUAAUUCCUAAUACCAUUGGCAACCAAUCACAAUUACAACACUUGAAUUUGAAUUUUUGUUACAAUCUAAAUAAGCUUCCAGAUGCCAUUGGCAAUCUGUUCCGGUUGCAGCACUUGGACUUGUUUGGUUGUCAAAAAUUAAACAAUCUCCCUGAUCAUAUUGGCAAACUGUCGGAGCUGAGGCAUUUGGGUUUGAGAGACUGUGCAAGCUUAAAUAAGCUCCCUGACACCGUUGGCAACCUUUUGCAACUGCAACACUUGGAUUUGGGAGGGUGUGAAAGCUUAAAUAACCUCACUGCUACUAUUGGCAACCUGUCACAGCUGCAGCACUUGGACUUGGGAAAGUGUAUAAACUUAUUUAACCUCCCGGAUAGUAUUGGCAAUCUAUCACAGCUGCAGCUCUUGGACUUGAGCUUUUGUUAUGUCUUAAAUAAGCUCCCUGAUACCAUUGGCAGCCUGUCACAGCUGCAUCACUUGGACUUGUCUGUUUGUCAAAAGUUAGAUAACCUCCCUAAUACCAUUGGUAACUUGUCACAUCUGCAGCACUUGGAUUUGGGAAAGUGUAUAAAUUUAAUUAACCUCCCUGAUACUAUUGGCAACUUGUCACAGCUGCAGAACUUGGACUUGUCUGGCUGCAAGAAGUUAAAUAACCUUCCCAUUAACGUUGGCAACCUGCCACACCUGCAGUAUUUGAGGUUGUAUGAAUGUGAAAACUUAAAGAACAUCUCUGAUACAAUUGGCAGUGGUCAUGGCUGGAUUCUUCGAGAUUGAAAAUUUAUAAACUUAAAUAAUUUCUCUGACACCAGUGGUAACCUGUGACAGCUGCAGUAAUACUUGGAUUUGGAAGGGUACACCAGCUGAAAAAAAAUUGGAAACUUUUGGGUUGCCAGAGCUUUCAUGACACCUUUGUAAACCACCCAAAACUCUGAUUGGGACUGAAACUUUUUCAUGGAACAGUUGGAGUAAAAUUGAGGACCCUUUGGGCAUGCUCUGCUACUGAACUACCAGCCUACUUGGUGAGCAAUCCAUGUAUGGUUCGACAUGAUUCAUUUUCCAAGAGGGACUACCUCCGCAGCUAUAUCAUCAAAGAAUUUGAUGGAGCUUCUAGUUUUGCCAGGGCAGAACUUGAGACAAUCUUGAUCCUUUUAUGUGAGGAUGCCUUUUCGCUGGGUUGCUAGAGUUUUGGAGGAUGGGAGAUUAAAGUCAACCUCAUACCACUACUACAAUGAUCAAUGCUAAACGCUCUCUCUCUCUCUCUAUAUAUAUAAUUUAGGAAAGAAUAUAUAGGAAGAGUAAAUGUUACCAGCUCUCUAUCUUUUUAGCCUUUUCUUUUACAAUAGAUUAUUGUAAUCACUGUUUUCUAUUAACAUAUAUUUUUUAUUUCAUAAUGAAAGGUUUAUGAGAAGGUCACAUUUACUUGUCCUCUUAAGUUUGUCAAUAAAAUUCAAAUUAUGAUAAUUAAUUUAUGCACUUUUUAUUUUCUAAAUUUGAAUCAAUUGUAGAUAAAUGACUUUACAGGGGGUGUCUAUUCACUGGAGUUCUAAAUUUUAGAGAGUGAGAUUAAAGUCCACCUCAUACCACCAGUAUUACAAUGAUCAAUGUUAAACUCUACUAUUGCAUAAACUUAUAUGCAUAAAAUGAAAAAAAAAUAAAAAAUUACAAAGAGUAAAUGUUACCAUCUCUGUAUAUUUUUAAUUUCUUCCUUUAACAAUAGACUAUAUUUAUCUGUAUUGAAAUCCAUGCAAACACAUUUUUUUAUUUUUCUAGUUUUGGUAAUUUCAUUUUAUUUUAUGGUUACUGGAAUUGAGUUCUCAAAUUUUUUUUAAUUGGAUGGGAGAUCAUUUUCCUGCAUACAUUUAUGAAUUUUUUUUGAAAAAAUUAAAAAAAGAUCAGGCCAGCCUUUCAGUUACUGCAAGAAGACUACUCUGAGACAGGUGUCAUGUAUGUCUACAAGAACAUUCGCAUUUGUCCAUCUUUCAGACAAACUGGUAAUCUCCGGUAACAAAGAAAUUGUCUUGUUUGUCAUUCACGUGCAUUGUUAAGUUUUUGUUAUUGCUAGACUCCAUUUGUCUUUCAACAGCAGCCAUAGUCUUUAUACAAUCAUCACUAUCAGGCUAUAAAUCACCAAAGCACUGAACAAUCCUUCAUUCAGCACCUGGCCAUUUCUCGAUCCAUCCCAAGCUGCACACCAGCCUUAUUCAUUUAGGUUUUUAGUUGAUGAUUAAGAAACAACAAAAUCUGUGGUAGAGUGUUUCAAACAGACUAAAACACAGCAAGUAUCUACCAUGCCUAGAAGUUGGAAAUCAGCAGAGGCUAAGAUAUUUGAAAUUUUCUAAUGGAGGUAAGCACUUCUAAUUCAAACAUAUUUUUGAAAUGAAGUUCUUUGUAGCAUUUAACUGUAUCUGUGUCUAGGAUGCAGGGUAUUGAUCGAUGUAAUUUAUAGGUCUGAAAAAUAGUUGAGGCCACUGCUAUUCAAAAUGUUUGAAUGAGAGACUAAAUUACUGCCUUUCUGAAAGUCCAUGUCAGCAACCUCGGAAAUGGGAGAUGGAUAUCUUAAAGAAUGUAUUUUAUAAUGGUUAUCAUUAAAGAUCCAUUUGCAAAAGAAUUUGGACUCAAGCAACAAACUUGCUUUAGUAGAGCCCGGAAACUAAUACACCUUUGCCUACAGAAUGUCGAGUCAGAUUCUAAACCAUUCCUCAUGGCCAGACAAAAUAGAGAUAUGCGUGAAGACUGUAGGAAAAGAAGCAAGUACGAAACUCAAGAGAAAGGAACUGGAACUUCUUAUAGUCGUGUUGUUGACGACAAUGGUUCUUUGUAUGGGAACUUGAAGCGAAUAUUGAAACUGAUCUUGGUUUAGUUUCAAAAUGCUACCUGACAAAAGACAUGUUCAAAAUGACCAGGCAGUAUAUUGCAAAUGUUGUUUUUAAAAUUAAUGUUAAGUCUAGGCUGGUGGAAUAAACACUAUCCUUGUUGAUGCAAUUUACUAGGGGAUACUUCUGGUCAGUGACGUACCUACAGUUGUCUUUGAAGCAGAUGUUACUCACUACAGCUUGGUGAAGAUACCAAUCCAUCAAUAGCAGCUGCAGGUUUUCAAUGUCAAUCUUUGUCUUCUGCUGUCCAUGGCUUCCACAAUGCCCAUAUAAAAAUUGCUUACCCUGUUUUGUGGGAUUUGAUGCAACUACUAGGUUGUGGUUUCUCAAGAUUGGCCCGAAGCCAUCAAAUAUACAGUUUUAAUUCAUGCUCAGGCACAUUGACAAGAGCUUAAGCAAGAUUUCUAUAAAGUCGGGCUAGAUUCUGUAUAAGAAACUGUAAGUGGAGGCAUGAUAUAGAAUGGAUCUUAUCAUGUAUUGGUUUUAACUCAUUUAGUCUCUGGGUUCAUCAUCUCAUGAGUUGUUUUAACACUUGUCAUCUGGAAACAUGUUUGUGGUGCAAUAUUAUUUAAUGUUGUCAAAAUUUCUUUAAAAUUGUUCA